AUGAACACAUUAUUUUGUCAAUCAGUUCCUCCUGAAAUAGACAGCCUUGAGUACAACCAAGGAUACGCUAAUGUGACUGAACACGGAUCCAAGACUCUCAUUUGUAAGGUGGAGAGUGUCCCAUCGUCUACAAUAACAUGGUACUUCAAAAGCAAUGACACAAAACUGUUUACCGCUACAGAUGUACUGGAGAGUAGCUACACCCUGACCACAGCUGGCUGUCUGGACACAGGACUGUACACAUGUUCUGCCAGGAACAGUGUAUCUAACACAGCAGUGACCAAGAACAUAAGGAUCAACGUUUUGUGUUCGCCGCGUCUUGAUCCAAGGGUGUUCACAGUUCGACAGAUAUGGUUGGCCACUCAUGAUAAUCUAACUAUGAAUGCCAUGUUUCUGUCAAACCCGGAACCUUCAUCAUUCACAUGGACUUUCCAGAACUCUUCACAUACUUAUUUUACUGAGCUAAACGACGGGACAGACAACUUUGUUAUACAUAAUACACCUUUUUCAUCGAACCUGUCAGCUUUGUCAGUGGGGACACGUGCGAACAUACAGGAGGCCUGGUUUGGAUUAUAUAAUGUAACGGCAACAAAUAGUAAGGGCAACGGGACACUCACUUUCACAGUUGCUGAUAAAGGAAAUCCAAGUCCACCGAAUAUUUUGCAAGUUGACUGUGGAAAGCAAAUGUCUGCCGAAGUAUCGUGGGAGGAUGGUGGAAACUCCCAGUUUUACCGUGUUUUAUUCAGCCUGGACGCCUUUAAAAAAUCAAAAGAAGUUUAUCCAGUGACAAUUGCAUUUGAAGACGGAAGGAACAUUUAUAGUUUAUAUGUAGACAAUUUGGUGGGAGGACGACUAUAUACAAUUAAGAUUGCAGCAUACAACACCUACGGAAAUACAACAUCACUUGAUGCUGUUGGAUGUACAGUUCAGGGCGAAUGUUCCUGCGGUACCGACAAUAUGAAUGUAACAGGAGUUGCCCUGAUUUGUACCGGCGUUCUCACGCUCCUGUUAACAGUUGGACUUGGAAUAUUCAUCAGUCGAAAUGGUAGACUGCCUUUUAUCAAAGGCCAGCAUCUGAAACAAAGGGAGUUUCAGAACGUGCAACUUUCAGAACGAGCUGUGACACCCAAUAAGGAGGAGGACGAACGAUCUCCAUAUGAACAACUCGAUACGAAUAAAAUUACCAAGGCGUCUGUGUACUCUGAAAUAGGAAGUCAUCUUCCAGGUCGCCGGAAAGAUUCAGUCAAUGACAACAGAGAAUACGAGUCAUUGGAGGGUCGGUCGAAUCCAAACGUCUAUGAAGAGCUCCAUGGUACACCAUCUGGUGAUAAAGAGAUAUACAUCAACACCGCAAUUGCCGAGGGGUGUUUUGGUUCCGGAAAUUAAUCCAUCUGGUUCACAAGAAAUCGUAAUAAUGAAUAGCCAGAGGAAGGUUCAAUUA